GGUAAUUUAAAGUAAAACAAUGAUUAAAUUGUUAUUUAACUACAAGUGUUUUACAAAAUAUCUGUUUAUUUAUUUACGUCUAGUCUAAUCGUGACUCUGGCGACUCCUCACCGCCCACUCGCCUACGUGGCCAAUCAGCGCUCGCCGGCUUCGCGUGACGUCGCCCACAAAAUAUCUCGCGGAACAAAAGCCGUACGCGCGUAAAGCUCCUCCCCGCUGGAAGUGAACGACAGCACGCAGUCACGAUCGUUUCUCGCUAAAGUUUGUUUUAAUACAUGAUAGUAUUUAUAUAUUUACGCGCGCAGUAGAGCGGCAUAAACCCACAGGAACUCGAGAAGCGCGUCUUUGUUCGAACUGAAGCUGCGUGGGAUUCUCGCGAGAGUAAGUAGAUCCAGCGCGUGGCUGGUUUGUUUGUGUUGUGUUACAUUGAUACAAUGUUGCAUUUUUUUAAUAUAUCGUUUCCGAGCGGUGUUUUAAAAAUCAUCUAUGUGAUACGCCUCAUUUUUAAAACCAUCUGGCAGAAAUUGUGUCAUGGUAAUGCGCACACACACAAGCGUUUCAGUGUUUUGACAGUGUAAAUGGGUUUGUUUGCCGUUUUUCAUUAUGUUGAAAGGUCGAGACUGAAAGAGGUUCGGAGAUAAACUCAUCAUGUUCUGACCUACCGUUGUGUUUAUCUGGCACAGAUUCUAAAUAUUGUGAAAUAUAUGAACUAAUCAGUAAAACAAUGACAAACUGAAUGAAAAAAUGAAAAACAAAAGUUUCUUUCACUCUCUUUGUCUAAUGUGUCAAAAGUCUUUUGAAAUCAUGGCCACUUCCCUUCCCUCAUAGAAUUAGCAUAUGUUCGUUAUUCAUUAUAAAUACUUUGGUCUAACCCUUAUGCAAACAAGCACUCGGACAGACAGACAAACGUGUAUUUGACAUAUACAUGUACUUUGUCUUUACAUGUAAAGAGGUUUGUUAGAGGCAUAUGUCACAUUUUGUUUAUUUUAUUAUCGUUCAAGUUAAUUUUAAACAUACUAAAUCUGUAUGUGUACAGUGACUCUCAGACACUUGAGUGAAUGUCAUGAAAAGUCACAGAAAAACUAUUUGAACCAUGAGGAUGUUUUGAAUGGCCGCUCAACAGAAUCGCCUGGUGAUCCAGACCGGCUCUGGCCACAUUUUCUGUGUAGUUUUAUUUCUUCAGAAACUCCCUCACUGUCAUUUCCCCCUUCAGAUGAGGUCACACACGGAUCGCUGUUGUGAGCAUGCUCAGAACGAGAGAGAGAAGUAGGAAGUGUCCAGAGCUGUUUCCUCUUUUUUUCAUCUCGGUCUGUUUUUUUGUGCAUUGAGUUCAAACAGAGGACGCGGUCGUCACGGAAACACAAACAUCAGACUGUUGCUGCAGGGGUCUUUCAUUUAUCAUUGACCUGAACUCUGUUGACCUUUUGAACUUCACUGGUUGCUCACUGCUUUUAGUUCGCUGACAACAGUGAAUAAUUGCUUUAAAUAAAAGUAAUACUUAUUUAAGGGUGUGCGAAAUUACUAUUUUAUAUUGUGUCCUUUCUUUGGAAUCGGUAUGAACUACAACAUGAAAAUCAAAACGACAACCUUAUUUUCACCCAUGAACUGUGGAAAAUAAAAUCUAAAGUCUCUUUCUGCAGAAGUGUAAUAAAACGUAUCGCCGUGGCAGAUCUUCCUGAAGUGCGGGUGUGAUCUAGAAGUCUGGACCGCUCCUCUGACAUGGAGCCGUAUUGCCUCGUCUGAUUGGCUGACGCACUCUUUUACCGUCCUGCUCAUGAGGUAACCCCGGCUGUUGUUGUUGAUGCCCGUGUCCGGGCCGUGAUGGGGCAGAGGGUGUCGGGUGUGAAGUCUGCAGAUGAGCCGGAGACAGGUGAGCUGGCUUACCGACCGGCAUGUGGGUCGCUCCGUAGCCGCGGGGUCCCACUACCUCCCCGUGUGGAGCUGCUCUUGGAUAUGCCACCGGCGGGACCAGAUGUUCAGCUUCACCACGCCUGGAACCCAGACGACCGCUCCCUCAACCUGUUCAUCAAGGAUGACGAUCGCUUAACGUUCCACCGCCACCCGGUGGCCCAGAGCACUGACUGCGUACGGGGAAAAGUGGGCUUCACCUGUGGGCUUCACGCUUGGACCCUCCGCUGGCCCGUGCGACAGCGUGGCACGCACGCCGUGGUCGGUGUCGCCACCUCUCUGGCUUCUUUAAGGGCUGUGGGGUAUUGUGCCAUGGCUGGCAGCGACGCAGAGUCGUGGGGUUGGGAUUUGGGCCGCGGCAGACUUUACCACGACAGGAAGAGUCAGAGCCAGAGUGGAACUGUGCCAUCUUACCCUAAAUUCAUCGAGGAUGAGGAUGAGGAUGGGACGUUCUCCGUGCCGGAGGAGAUUCUGGUGGUGCUGGACAUGGACGAGGGAACGCUCGGGUUCUGCGCUGACGGGAAUUACUUGGGCGUAGCGUUUCAUGGGCUGAAAGGAAAGAGGCUGUACCCCAUCGUCAGUGCCGUGUGGGGUCACUGCGAGGUCACCAUGACCUACAUCAACGGACUGGACCCCGAACCCCUGCCCCUGAUGGAGCUCUGCAGACGGGCAGCCCGGCAGGCUCUGGGUCGACAGCGGAUUCAUCACAUCCAGAUUUGCCAGACGCUCAAAAACUUCCUGCAGCACCAAUGAGAGACACCAAAGCACACAGAUAAAUAUCACCUGGGCUCUGUAGACUAAACACAGAAUCAGUGAUGUCAUGAGAAGCUUUGUGCUGUGCACAGACGUCUGUAGAGCGUGUUAGAGAUGGACGCUACAGAAAUGACUCGCCAGAGGAAAAGUAUCAGGUUUUAACCAAUGAUUUUAUUGGAGAUUUAUCUGCGGAGGUUAGGAAAGUGUGUUUGUGUGCGAGACAAGUUCAUGUCUUCCAUGGAAAUAACUUUCACAAACUGACCUCUUCACAUGUUUUAAUCUUAACACUAAGAGCCUGAUUUCUUCAUGUGGAUGCAGUGUAACUUUAGACUAAAGAUGAUUUUGUGGCCGUUUCAACUAAAGCUUUUUGUUACUGGGUGUGUAACCAGAACAGAGGCCCUUAAUAUAUGUGUUUCAGUGCCUGAGAUCUUUGAAAGCGUUUGUUGCUUGUGUUUAGUUGGAGAUGAUGAAGCUUGACUCAGUUGGUUCUCAAAUGUUUUUAGCAUCUGAACUUGAGUAUUGCUACUUUCUGUAAACUGCUGAAGCGUGAAUGAGGCUGAUUUUUACAGGCUUGAUUUUUAUAUGAUGUUGGACACAACUUUGUUCUUUUAUGACCUUUGAAUUAUGAAUAAACAAAACAAAAUGAUCCGUCUCUUUCUGAUGUCAAGAAUACCCACUUUUAACAUUGUUUGAAUGUUUCUGCUUUCAAAAUUCUGAACACAUUUCUAAGGACACUCUUAACAAAUGUAAUGCAUGUUUCGCCAUUUGGCAAAGUAUUGUGAAGCAGUUUUCAUAUUGUAACAGCUUGACACAUUUUAAAUAUUUAUUAAAUGGGUUUUCAGAGAUUUAUAAUGUAAAGACAGUGCAGUGGCAAAUAAAAUAUUGUGAUCUGCUUG